AUGGCUACCACCUCACACGCAGUCUUCCCUGCCAGCACCUCUAUCCCAUCUACAUUCAGCGUAUACAACAAUGGCUUCUAUAGCAUCCUCGGCUCUACGCCUAAACUAGAGGUCAUCCUGGAAAACAAUGACUUUCCCUUCGCCCAUGAGGCAAGCGUCUACGUCCCAACAACAGACGAACUAUUCAUGUCCAGCAACAUGUACACCGACCCAGUGACGAAUGAAACAAGCAUCUCGAUCUCUAAGGUCAAUUUGACCGCAAACCCCGUCACCUCGGAGAUCAUCAACUCGACUGUGCCUAUGCCUAACGGCGGCGUAAACCACAAAGGUGGCAUUCUCUGGACCGGACAGGGCACCAUGAACACUACUGGUGGUCUAUGGCAGAUGUCCGCACAGCCACCGUAUGAGGCCGAAUUUGUCGUGGGAGACUUCUACGGCCGCCAAUUUAACUCCCUAAACGACGUCGUUAUCGCUAGCGAUGGCUCAUUCUGGUUCACGGACCCUAUCUAUGGCUGGCGUCAGGAUAUCCGGCCGAAGCCCCAGCUACCAGCACAGGUUUACCGGUAUGAUCCUACAACUCAGGCUGUUCGGGUUGUGGCGGAUGGAUUCGGUCGACCAAAUGGGAUUUCUUUCUCGCCUGAUGAGAAGACCGUGUAUGUCACUGAUACUGCUGAAACGGACGGUGAUGGAUCUAAAGAUGCGCUGAAGCCUGCCACUAUCUAUGCUUUCGACUUGUCAACUAUCAACGGACAGCCGUUCUUGACUAACCGCCGAGUCUUUGCUAUGCCUGGUGAUGGUAUUCCUGAUGGUCUCAAGGUUGAUCAGCACGGUAAUGUGUAA